AUGGAGAAAUGUAUAUGUGGUUUUUUUUUUCUUAUUAUUAUUUCUGGUCUGUUCGAAUCCAAAGCGUCAGAGUUAUGGCCGUAUCAAAGUCAAUUAUUCCUCUCCGCCAUGGUGGCUAUGAUCAUGCUGCGAACACUGUACAGAGAUGCCUCCAAGUACAACCAGCUUGAAACACAAGAAGCCCAAGAAGUGACAGGGUGGAAGCUAGUUCAUGGGGAUGUAUUCAGGGCUCAAACCAACUCAGAUUUGUUGUGCGUAUAUGUUGGAACAGGUGUUCAGUUCUUUGGUAUGCUGCUGGUGACCAUGAUUUUUGCAGUUCUCGGCUUCCUCUCUCCAUCAAACAGAGGGGGACUGUUGGCAGCUAUUCUCCUACUUUGGGUCUUUAUCGUUGAGGAAAUCUCUCAUCUAGCUGUCCCCUUUACGACAAUGUUUGCUAGCUAUGUUGGUUUCAAGAAGCCUGCUAUGCAGUUGAGAUCCGUGAAGCCGAACAAGAUUCCCAGGCAGAUACCAGAACAGGCUUGGUACAUGAACAGGCCAAUUUUCUCGAUACUAAAUGGUGGCAUUCUCCCUUUUGGAGCUGUUUUCAUUGAGCUCUUCUUCAUCCUUACUUCAAUCUGGCUUAAUCAGUUCUACCACUUCUUCGGGUUCCUCUUCCUUGUCUUUAUCAUUCUCAUUAUCACCUGUGCGGAGAUCACAAUCGUCCUAUGCUAUUUCCAGCUGUGCAGUGAGGAUUACUUGUGGUGGUGGAGAUCCUACCUGACGUCUGGAUCUUCUGCUCUUCACCUUUUCCUCUAAGCAACCUUCUACUUCUUCACAAAUCUGGAGAUCACCAAGCCAGCCUAUGGAAUUCUGUACUUGGGAUAUAUAUAUGCCUUCUUUGUGCUGACAGGCACAAUUGGCUUCUGUGCAUGCGUCUGGUUUACAAGGUUGAUUUAUUCAUCAGUGAAGAUAGAUUGA